ACAAUAAUUAAUAGUCGCUGACAGAAUCAAACUCUCCAUGCAUGAGACACGAUGCAGACCCCAGCGCAUCAUGGCCACCGACUACAUGGCCACGGGGCAGUCAUCAGAGAGGACUUCUGUAGCUUCUGCGGAGGUACAGACGCCAUUAACAAGCAAGGCGUCCAGGAAACCAUGGUCAGCUGCGCGGCCUGUGGACGGAGUGGCCAUCCGACAUGCCUGAACAUGCUUACUCCAAAGCUCAGGAAGCGGGUAAUGAUGUAUGACUGGCACUGUAUAGAGUGCAAGACGUGUGAGCAGUGUGCAAUCAAAGGUGACGAUUCGCGGUUGAUGUUCUGCGAUACAUGUGAUCGUGGAUGGCAUAGCUACUGCCUGAACCCGCCACUGGCAAAACCACCAAAAGGUUCAUGGCAUUGUCCAAAAUGUUUAUCACCACCUGCAGUCUCAUCAGGAUCUAUUAGCAACCCCAGAUCAGCUACCCGACCCUCAAAGUUACACCCACGCCCUUCAAAACCAGGCAAAGCUCGACCAGCCAACACUCCCAACACCUCUAAUAAUCGUCGUCGGCCAAAACAAUCAUUAGCAGGAGACGAUGCCUUGUUUACUAGCCACCGUAUCAAAGUCAAGGUACCGAAUCCUAAUUAUCAAUACAGGGAUUCGGAAGAAGGAAGAGGAACACCUAUGAUUGUACGACUGAAAGUACCCAAAAGACCAGUCGAAGAAGAGCCGGAAGAAAAGAAAAUACCGUAUGGAGGGGUCAUAACAGGUGACGACGCAGAUACUACUCGGACAAAGAUAACAGAAGCAGAUAAGGAAGCGUACCAGAUGGCAAAGAAUGCAGCAGAAAAGCAACUCGGUGGUCCUGUCCCUACAAGGGAAACGCCAGGGCCCGGCUCACCUCUGCCCAUGGCAUCACCUAGCGGUAAAACUACACCUUCUUCAAAGUUCCCAGCCACAAGCAGACCUCUCCGAGACCGACUACUCCACCAAACCUUACCCGACGCGUACCCAUUCCCUUCCACACCAGGCACAACGCAAGAAGUGGUUCCUUGGACAGGGAGCGCAAGAUUAGAGAAAAUCAAAACUAUUAGGUUUGGGCCGUAUGAUAUCAACACAUGGUACUCUGCGCCAUAUCCCGAAGAGUAUGCAUAUGUGCCGGAUGGGAGGUUGUGGUUGUGCGAGUUUUGUUUAAAGUAUAUGAAAAGCGGAUUUGCUGCGACGCGGCAUAGGUUGAAAUGCAAAUCAAGACAUCCGCCGGGAGAUGAGAUCUAUCGCGAAGGUGCUGUCUCAGUUUUUGAAGUGGAUGGACGCAAAAACAAGAUCUACUGUCAAAAUCUUUGUCUUCUCGCCAAGAUGUUUCUCGAUCACAAAACGCUCUAUUACGACGUCGAACCGUUUCUUUUCUAUGUCAUGACCGAAGUCGAUGAAUUAGGCGCUCGAUUUGUCGGAUAUUUUUCAAAGGAGAAGCGGAGUAUGGACAACAACGUUAGUUGUAUCAUGACCCUGCCGGUGCGACAACGUAAAGGAUGGGGUCAGCUUUUGAUUGAUUUCAGUUAUCUCCUAUCGAAGAAAGAAGGACGAACAGGUUCGCCUGAAAAACCACUUUCUGGCCUAGGAGCCGUCUCAUACAAAUCCUACUGGCGUCUCACUGUUUUCAAAUACCUCCUCAACGCCAUCUCUCCAUCUUUCAACCAUACUCUCGAACUACCCCCCGUCCCAGACGCCACACCUGGUCCUACAUCCGAAUUGGACUUCAACUCUAACACAGAAACCAAACCCACUCCUCCUCGCAUAACAUCCAAAGACAUAUCCAAAGCUACUAGCAUGACGCUAGAAGAUAUUUUCACCACGCUAUCUGCUGAAGGAAUGAUCAAUGUUCUGGAUGACCUGACGGUCGAUGCGAUAGGGAAAACACCAAACAGUGCUCGAACAAGAGGUCGGAGCCGGGGUCGUCCGAAUGUAAAUCGUCGCAAGGCAGAUUUGAAUGGCUCAGGUACGCUUGAUCCCCAAAUACAUCAGGAUGAAGACGAUCAUGUCAAGCUACCAAAACGGUAUGAGAUUUUGCUGGAUAAAGCGUAUCUUCAAGCGGUGGUGGAGAAACAUGAGAAAAAGGGGUACUUGAAGCUUGCACCGGAGAGAUUGAAGUAUCACCCAUUCUUGGUUGCUAGACAGACUGAGGAACCGGAGAGUGGUGGAAAGAAAGAGGAUGAGAACGAGGAAAAUGGGAAUGAAAAAGAUAAGGAAAGGGAGGAUGAGAGCGAAAAUGGAGUCGUGAGGUUUGUGGACUCAAUUGCCGAAGCAGCGCAUAUCAUCGCCCAAUCGCACGCGCAUUUUCAUACUGUUCCAUCCUCUACAAUAUCCCGCACAUCGCAUCAUCCCGUCUAUCCUACACCAACCCCGAAUCACAACUCGAUCCCCAAUCGCAAUACUACAUCACCCGCGAGAAAUUUGCGUAAACGCAAGUCUGAUGUUGUGCUCGAAACACCCGUGAGAAAGUUGAGAAGUCGGGAUAACAUUCGAGAAGGAAUGGGAACGUCGCCGAGGACAUUGCGUAUGAGGAAUGCUGUGGCGCUGGGCGAAGGAAUUGCAGAGGGGGAAGAGGAAAACCAAGGGCUUUCCAAGUUGAAUCAAUUACCUGUCAAGCCUGUUACCCAAUUCGCUGAUGGCGAGAUUCCUAUCGACCCAGCGCUUCUCGAAGAAAGUGUCACUCUUGACCCUAGUAUGUAUGGUAGUGUCGGUGAAGAAGUCUACGACAACGAUGCAGAAGGGGAAGAAUAUAUCGGCGAAGAUGACGAUGCAGAAGGAGAAGAGUAUAUUGGGGAAGAGGAAGAUGCAGAAGGUGAGGCGGAUGAGGAGUAUAUUGACUAUGAUGUUUGAUUAGGUCAUUCUUUUGUACAAGUUUCGGGCUUUGGGUUGCAUUGACCCUAUAUAUAAUCGUCGUGCAUGGUAUGAAUGUGUAAUAUAGUAGCGA